CGCUGCCUGGCGGGACAGACGAAGCUUUGGCGCCAUUGGUGAUUAUUCACUGCCUGGAAGCAAGAACACUAGCCCGUAGUGUAACUCUUUCUUGAAAAUAUAAUUAUCCUAAACAACACAACCGAAUCUUCGCAGAAAUGAUCAAAUUGACAGAAGGAGCGAUAGAGGCCUUGGCCAGUGGAAAUGGUGGAAACGACGCAGUGCUUCAGUUGGUGAGCAUCCGUAAGAUUGAGGGUGGAAACGGCCCACCUCGCUUUCGCGUGAUGAUGAGCGAUGGCCGACACACCAUGUCCUCGUUCAUGCUUUGCACGCAACUCAACCGCAUGGCCCAAGACAACCAGCUGGCCCCCAACUGCAUUGUCCUUCUCAAGAGACACGUGACCAAUAUUCUCAAGGAUGACCGCCGUGUGGUAAUCAUAUUGGAGCUCGAGAUCCUCAGGUCCGCGGCAGAUGUCAACUGCAAAAUCGGCAACCCGAUGCCCUACAGCGACGGACACAUGAAAGCCCCCCAGCAGGCCCCGACCCCGGCUGCCCCCGUCAGCCGUCCUCCACUUCAGGCUCAAAUUGGAAAUGACCCGCCCUCCUCCGCCUCCUCCCUCCCUCCAGUGAACCGAGCGGGUGGCAAAGAUUUCGGGAAGAAGCCCGUCGCGUCCGGCACGCCGGGCGGCCCCGGGAAACCCGUGCCCAUCGCCAGCCUCAACCCAUACCUGUCCAAAUGGACCAUCCGCGUCCGCGUCACCAACAAGAGCAGCAUCCGCACGUGGAGCAACUCGCGCGGCGACGGCAAACUCUUCUCCAUGGAGAUCGUGGACGAGACCGGAGAGAUAAGGGUGACCGGCUUCAACCAAGAAGUCGACAAGUUCUUUGACCUCAUCGAGGUUGGCAAGGUCUACUACAUGUCCAAAGGCUCUCUGAAGGUGGCCAACAAGCAGUACACCUCGGUGAAGAACGAUUACGAGAUCACGUUGAACGGCGACACCUCCAUCAUCCCGUGCGAGGAUGACUGCGACGUCCCCGUCAUACAGUGCGACUUCGUCUCCAUCGGCGAUCUGGAGAAGAAGGAGAAGGAUUCCGUUGUGGACGUGAUCGGCGUGUGCAAGAGCGUGGACGAGGUGACCCGUCUCACCACAAAGACCAACCGGGAAGUGUCCAAGCGGACGCUCAACCUGAUGGACACCUCGGGCAAGAUGGUGAACGUCACCUUGUGGGGCGAAGAGGCGGAGAAGUUUGACGGCAGCUCUCAGCCCGUGGUGGCCAUCAAGAGCGCCAAGCUGUCCGACUUUGGCGGCGUCUCGCUUUCCGUGUCCUUCAGCAGCAGCAUGAUGAUCAACCCGGACAUCCCCGAGGCCUACAAGCUUCGAGGCUGGUUUGACAAGGAAGGCCAUAGCAUGGAAGGACAGUCUCUGACCGAGUCCAGAGGCAGUGGCGGCAUGGCAAACUCCAACUGGAAGACCUUGUCUGACGUGAAGUCGGAGCACCUGGGACAUGGAGAGAAGGCCGACUAUUUCACCUGCGUCGGCACCAUCGUGUACAUGCGCAAAGAGUCGUGCCUCUAUCAGGCGUGCCCGAGCCAAGAGUGCAACAAGAAGGUGUUGGACCAGCAGAACGGCAUGUACCGCUGCGAGAAGUGCGACAAAGAAUUCCCCAACUUCAAGUACCGCCUCAUCCUAGCAGCCAAUAUUGCAGAUUACAGCGACAACCAGUGGGUGACCUGCUUCCAGGAGAGCGCCGAGGCCAUUUUGGGCCAAAACGCAGCAUACCUGGGACAGCUCAAGGACUCUAACGAAGCCGCCUUUGACGAGGUCUUCCAGCAAGUCAACUUCAACACGUUUGUGUUCCGCACCAGAGUCAAGCUGGAAACGUAUAACGACGAGUCCAGGAUCAAGGCGACGGCGAUGGACGUGAAGCCCGUGGACCACAAAGAAUACUGCAAAAGGUUGAUCAUGAACAUCAGGAAAAUGGCCACCAAUUAGAAACCCCUUGAAAAUGUAUCUUGCGCUUAAAGUUGAGCGUGCAGUUCCUUUUUUUUUUUUUAUUAUUAUUUCUAUUCUCGUGAGAAAUCCUGUUGACCCGAAACACAGUGAAUGUCGGGCAUGUCCUGUUCGAACAGUUCUUGUUUUCUAAGCUCAGUCACGCCAGCACGAACAAGACGGUGCCUGUCUUAAGUCUGCCCGGUGUCGCUUGACGGCACCGCGGUCGUGGCCCUCUUCCUUUUACUUUUUUUCCACAAGCUGCAAGAGCCUGUGCUCGCCCUGAUUAGUCUUGUUUAUUCUCCAAGUUCUUUUUUUGACUUGCAAGGACGCUGCGCCGGAGAGCCUCUUGGAUUGAAAAGACCUUAUGUUGUUCCGGCAAGACUUGGCUUUUGACUUGACGUGUUCAUGUAGUUGUGUAAUCACCAUUUUUGUUGUUUGUUUUAUUUGAUGUUAGUUUCUCCAAUUAAAAUACUUUUUCUGUC